CGCGAGCUGAUUGGUGCGCGCCGAGCGCGUCGGGCGCUGAUUGGUGGAGGCGGAAACCCGGAAGUGGUGGGGGCAGCGCGGGGCGAAAGCGGCGCCGCCCCGGAGCCCCAUGAGAGCCGCGGGCCCCCUCCGCCUCCUGGCCCUGGGGGCCGCGGCCGGGCUGGCCUGGCUGGCGAUGACGUCACUGCUGGGCCCGCCCCGGGCCCCGCCCACCCUGCUGCGGCUGCUGCGGCGUGAUGAGGCCCCGCCCACGGCAGAGCCCCGCCCCCCCCGGUUCAAGUGCGGCCUCCCCCGGCCCUGCCCCCCCCGGCACUUCGCCUUCCGCCUCCUGAGCGGCGCCGCCAACGUGGUGGGACCGAGAAUCUGCCUGGAGGGGCGAGAGUUGAUGAGCAGUGUCAAGAACAACGUGGGGAGGGGCCUGAACAUCGCCCUGGUCAAUGGGGUCAGCGGGGAGCUGAUCGCGGCCCAGGCCUUCGACAUGUGGGCAGGGGACGUGGAGGACCUGCUGCGUUUCCUGCGGCCGCUGCACGAGGGGACCCUGGUGCUCGUGGCCUCCUACGACGACCCCGCCACCAAGCUGACCGAGGAGAGCCGUCGGAUUUUUGGGGAGCUCGGCAGCGCCGUGGCCAAAGAUUUGGGGUUCAGGGACAGUUGGGUGUUCCUGGGGGCCAAAGGGGUGCAGGACAGGAGCCCCUUCGAGCAGCACGUCCGGAACAGCCGCGGCUCCAACAAGUACGAGGGGUGGCCGCAGGCGCUGGAGCUCGGGGGGUGCGUCCCCCAGCGCCCCCCGGGGUGACCCCGAAACCAAAGGGGGGACCCCGAAAUCGGGGGGACCCCAAAACCCACAGAGACCCCAAAAACCCCACAGGAACCCCCAAAAAACCCCACACAGAGACCCCAAAAACCCCACAGAGACCCCAAAUAAAGCUCGGGGUGGUUCUGGA